AUGAACAUCUCGGCAUUGCUAUAUUUCUGGAAUAUCUUCUGGGCUACCCCGGCAUUUCUCUUUUCGAGAACCACCAAGUCACCUAAUGUUUCCCAAUUCGAAGUACAUUCUUUGCCGGAUAGCCCUGCGUUACCAACCAGCUGGGCUGGUCGACUUCCGGUUCCGGGCAGAGCGGAUCGGAAUGAUAUCUUCUUCUGGCUGUUUCAAGCAGAGCAAAAGACAUACGACGAUAACCUGAUAAUUUGGUUCAAUGGCGGCCCCGGCUGUUCAUCGUUGAUAGGAUUAACCACCGGAAAUGGCCCCAUUCUGUUCGAUGGCAACUCGACCAAACUCAUUCACAAUCCAAAUUCGUGGACAAAACUUGGCAAUGUUCUGUAUGUCGAUCAACCGGUCGGAACAGGCUUCUCAACAGCCAGUUUCCCCUACCCGGUCAAAGACAAUGCACGAGUGACGGACGACUUCACACGCUGGCUACAUGGCUUCUUCAUGUAUUUCCCACACCUUGCAACAAAACAAAUCCAUCUAAUAGGAGAGUCAUACGCCGGCCUCUACAUACCGUACUUCGCAUCAGAACUCCUCAACAGCGAAAACAAACUACCUCUAGACGUGCGGUCAAUGUCUCUCGGCGAUGGCUCAUGGGGCAAUGGAGCAGCAAUGUCAUCCGUCGCAAUGGGAGCCUAUCUAAAAUCCAAAGCAUACAUGCUCAACAUCCCCGAAGAAAUCCUCUCAGUUUUCAACGAAGCAGACAAAACCUGCGGAUUCAACGAUAUACUCGCCCAAUCCGCGAUCUACCCACCAAAGCACAGAAUCCACAUUCCAGGGAAUCCAGAGAACUUCAACCUGAAACGUCGGCUUAGCAGAGACAUGAAUGACGCCCUAGACUCAUCAUGCAACAUCUUCCCAACAACCCCAGAUGAAGUCCGCAUCUCAAUUUUCAACUCAACAUGCUACGGCCACUGCGCCGCCCACUCAACGGCAAUGGACUACAUGACAACGACGUCCGAUGACGGGUCCAGAAAACCGGCCUGCUACGAUGUUUACGACAUCAGCCAUGACUGCAGCACCGUCUCCUCUUUGCCAUUGAUGGCCGAGUACUUCAGCCGCGCUGACGUCCAGUCUGCUCUACAUGUUGGCCAUAGUGGCGCUUUCCAAGCCUGCAAUUCGACUAUUUUGAGUACACUUCUUGCGGCAGACUCACCUGUUCCGCCAGAGUACUCCAUUCUCCCAUCUCUGGUUACGAAACAUAACGUCUCGCUGCACAUCUACAACGGAGAGUGGGAUAUGUUGAUCAAUCACAUUGGUACUGAGUUGUCGAUCCAAAAUAUGACCUGGCGUGGUGCGCAGGGUUUCUCACAGAAACCGAUUCAAGUUUUCUAUCCUGAUGAUGCGGCGCCUUCUUUGACGGUCAAUCCGACGGGGACAUCGGCUGCUACUACUACUCUCUCGACUGUAGCGGCCACUGCUGCCCCUGCUGGUACGUGGGCUAUGGAGCGUGGUGUGUCGUACCACUUAUUUCGGGGAGCGGGACAUAGUGUUUUUGCCACUAAGCCGAGGGAGAUGUUUGCCUUUGUGAGAGAUGUGGUUGUUGCUCCGAGAAGGGGCUAA